GGGCGGCCUGGGGUCUUGGGACCGGGACCGGAGCCGCCGAGUUGGGGAUCGCGGGGGCGGGGCCCGGGAUCGGGAGUCGGAGAACAGGGGCCCUGGUCCCGGCUAGCUGUGGGGAUUCGAGGGGGUCCUGGAAAGCGUCCCAGACCUACUUCCUGGCCCAGUUGUGAGGCCUUGAAGUCCCAAGGGGCGAAUCUAGAAAUAGGCCCCGGCUUGCUUCAUUUGGCUGCAGCUGUUGCCUUAUUUGUCAAAGAGCCGUGUCUUAGAAUGUUUUCCUACUUCAUCGGGCAUCGCACGUUCCCGCGACUGAGAUAGAUGAGGGCAGAACGGCCUCCGAGGCCACAGGAAAGAAAUCCCACAGUGCGUUCUGUGCUGUCUAUCGCACGUUUUAAAAUCAUGGAACAGGAUAUAGGCAGUCUGGAUGCACAUGUGUUGAUGCAGUAUUAUGACCUGAAGGCCUCAGCAUUUGUCUGGACUGGAAAUGGUUCGAGAUUUGUGUGAUGGGCAGCUGGAUGGGGCAGAAAUUGGCUCAACAGAAAUAACCUUCACCCCAGAGAAGAUCAAAGGUGGAAUCCACACAGCAGAUACCAAGACAGCAGGGAGUGUGUGCCUCUUGAUGCAGGUCUCCAUGCCCUGUGUCCUGUUUGCUGCGUCUCCAUCAGAGCUUCGUUUGAAAGGUGGAACCAAUGCUGAAAUGGCACCACAGAUCGAUUACACUGUGAUGGUCUUCAAGCCAAUUGUUGAAAAAUUUGGUUUCAGAUUUAAUUGUGAUAUUAAAAUGAGGGGCUAUUACCCGAAAGGGGGUGGUGAAGUGAUCAUCCAGAUGUCACCUGUUAAGCAGUUGAACCCAAUAAAUUUAACCGAUCGUGGCUCUGUGACUAAGAUACAUGGAAGAGCUUUUGUUGCUGGUGUUUUGCCAUUUAAAGUAGCCAAAGAUAUGGCGGCAGCAGCUGUGAGAUGCAUCAGAAAGGAGGUCAGGGAUCUGUAUGUUAACAUCCAGCCUGUUCAGGAGCCCAAAGACCAAGCAUUUGGCAAUGGAAAUGGAAUAAUCAUUAUUGCUGAGACAUCCACUGGCUGUUUGUUUGCUGGAUCAUCACUUGGCAAACGAGGUGUGAGUGCGGACAAGGUGGGAAUUGAAGCUGCUGAAAUGCUGUUAGCAAACCUUAGACAUGGUGGCACUGUGGAUGAGUACCUACAAGACCAGCUAAUUAUUUUCAUGGCUUUAGCUAAUGGAGUUUCCAGAAUAAAAACAGGACCAGUUACACUCCAUACACAAACUGCUAUUCAUUUUGCUGAACAACUUGCAAAGGCUAAAUUUACUGUGACAAAAUCAGAAGAUGAAGAAGAUGCCUUGAAAGACACUUACAUUAUUGAGUGUGAAGGAAUUGGGAUGAAAAAUCCAAAUUUAUAGGGUAUUUACCUCUUAGAUGAGACCUCGAUUAUAUAUUGCAUUAUUUAUUUCAUACGUGAAGUAUGCUACAACACAGCGAGUUACAAGUGACUUGUUAAAGGACCUGAUUGAAUUUGGAGAUUAAAUGGUGUUUGCUGAGAGUGCUUCAUCAAAAUCUUACUUCAUUAUCUCCUGAGAUAUAGUGUAUAAAAGUUGAUGGAUAUGUAUAAUAGCUGAUUUCAAUAUUAAGGUAUUGAAAUAAAAUUUUCUUUGUACCCGAAGUAAAUGUUUUGUUUUUGGAGGUACUGGAGUUUGUGCUCAGGUCUCAUCAUUGGUAGGCAAGUGCUCUACCACUUGAGCCACACCCUCAACCCACAGUUUCACUUUCAGAUGUUUCAGUUCAGGAGUCAAGCAUGGUCUGAAAACACUAAAUGGAGUCUGAGACAAGUAAUUCACAGGUUGUAAGUAGCACUCAAUUCUGAACGUAAUGAAGCCUCAUACCGUCUGAUCUGCCCCAACCGGUUGUCCAGAGUGUCCACAUUGUGUAUGCCGCCUGCCUGCUGGUCACUCAGUAGCUGCCUUGGCUGUCACA